AUGUUAGUAUUUGUGGAGUUGCUUUUAAUAGCAUUGCCUGAAGUGGUGUGCAAGAAUCCUAGCCUUCAAUGUGACUUGCAGGAGCCUCUUCCUAUUCGGCACACCUAUCAUCAGCUUGGCGACAUUAAUGUUGCUGGCAUUAUUUCUGCCUUCUUUGCAUCUUCUAAUCCCGUUGAUUUCAUUCAAGAUCCUUCUCAGGAAUUUCAUGAUGGACUUGUGGAGAUGGAGUUACCUUUAUCUUUGUGUAAUGAUCCUUGUGAGACAGGACACAGCAAGGCCAAGAAAGAAGGAAAGCUGUUUUGUUGCUAUGAUUGCCAUCGGUGUCCAGAGGGGAACAUAUCACAGGAGAAGGACAUAGAUGACUGUUCUCCAUGUCCACAAGGUCAAUAUCCAAAUCCUGGGAAAAAUAUGUGCAUUCCAAAGCGGAUCAUCUUUUUGUCCUAUGAAGAACCUUUUGGGAUCAGUCUGACUGUUCUUUCUCUUUGCUUUUCUUUAAUGACAACAUUGGUAAUCACAAUCUUCAUGAAACACAAAGAAACUCCCAUCGUCAAAGCCAACAACCUGAAUCUCACUUAUACACUCCUAGUUUGUCUUCUCCUAUCUUUCCUUUGUGUCUUUCUAUUUGUUGGGAGGCCCACUACGAUUGUGUGUCUCUUUCGACAACCAGAUUUUGGCCUCAUCUUUUCUGUGGCAGUUUCAUGUGUAUUGGCCAAAACCUUUCUUGUGGUUCUAGCAUUCAUGGCUACCAAACCUGGUUCCAGACAGAGGAAAUGGGUGGGGGGAAAGAUGGUCAGUUUCAUUCUAUUAUCCUGUUCCAUUGUUCAAAUAUGUAUUUGUGCUGCAUGGCUGAUAACAUCCCCACCAUAUCCAGAUAUUGAUGCAGAGACAAUGUCUGAAGAAGUCAUCCUUGAGUGCAAUGAAGACUCUGUCAUGUUCUACUGUGUUUUGGGCUUUAUGGGUUUUCUUGCUCUCCUUAGUUUCUCUGCUGCUUUUCUAGCUAGGAAUUUACCUGACAGCUUCAAUGAAGCCAAAUUCAUCACCUUCAGCAUGUUGGUCUUCUGCAGUGUUUGGUUGUGUUUUAUUCCAACCUAUCUAAGCACAAGGGGAAAAUAUACAUUGGCUGUGGAGAUCUUCUCAAUGAUCUCCUCCAGUGCUGGCUUAUUGUUUUGUAUCUUUUUUCCCAAGUGUUUUAUUAUUGUGAUGAGACCUGAACUGAAUGAUAAACAUCAGCUCAUGAAGAGAAAGUUUUAA